AUGUUACUUUUGUGGUAGUGCGAAAUUCCUCUAUAUUUUCCUUGUUCUACAUCUUGUUAGGCAUUAUUACUAACUUGCUAUUUUUUAUCUCCAAACUAUUAUUGUCUUCAAAGAACUUCAGUAUAUAUUAUAAAAUUAUUUAUUGUAACUAUUGGAUAAAGAGGCAACUUAUCAUUAAUUAUCAGAUCAAAUAGGAGAUUAAUUACAAUCGGGUGUUUAAAUGUGUUGGAUUUAGGCACUAUUCAAAAACAUUCCUUUUAGCAAGUCAUCAAAUAAGGAGUCUCAAAACCAGAUUUAAAAUGGAACAUUAUAUACUCUAAAAUUGUUCCCAAUAAACAUUAAAUUGAAAUUUCUAUCGAUAUGCAUCCGAAUAUUUGGAAUUCUCUCUAAGGUAGUGAAAAUUCUUUUGGUAAAUUUGAUGGAAUACUAUCUGAAUGUUCCAUUUGCCCAAUUGUCAAUUCAGAGUCCUAAAAUACUCGAACAUAUAAUCUAAUCAUUUUGGAGUCUAAAACUGUUAAAGGAAAUGAUUGUUUGAAUCGAAGAAUCAAAUCAUUUAAAAUGUUAGAGAAUCAGUAAGGAAAUAAUUUCCAAUUAAUCGUUUUAAUAUAAAUUUGUCUUUAGAAUUUCAAAUUUUGA